CAAUAUGGCGGAGCAAGCAGUUGCAGGCACAGAGCAGAACGAUGAUGACGAAUCUCACCGCAGUCCCAAGAAGAGAAAACACCCAGAGUCGACCCCAGCCAACGAUGCAGCAAUACCAGAAAAGAAAAAGUUUUCCAUGGCUGUUAAUACAACCAAAGAACCAGACUCUAAGCUGCCUAAGAAGCCGAUUGCUCCCGUCAAGCUAGCACUUGCAUCUCAGAAAAAGGAUGCACCUCUUCCAGUUGUGAAGAAGAGUUCUGUUGUUGCUGCUGUUUUCAACGAUGAUGAAGAUAGUGAGGAGGAGGAAAUGCCAGCUGCAGCGAAAAUGAGGAUGAAAAAUAUUGGCAGGGAUACACCAACUGCAGCUGGUCCAAAUUCAUUUGGCAAAGGAAAACUAGGAUUCUCCGAUCGGCAGAGCCUUUAUGUAAAGGAGCUGAAAAAAGCCAUGGACGAUGUUGGUGCUGAUUCAUGAAUUCUCAAGUCUUAACCAUCACAUUUUAAAAUAAUUAUAUCACUGCUAUUCCCAAUGUGCAAUUUACUAAGUCAGCAUUCAUCAUUGCACAUUUUUCUGCUUCAGAAAUGGUUGUUUCUUAUUACAUACUGCAACUUUAAAAAUAGUGACCCUUUUUUUUUUAUCAUGACAUGCUGUACAAUGUAACUUACCUAAGAUAUUUGGGUUUUGUUAAUGUGAGUAGAGUUCUGCUCUGUUUUAUUAUAUUAGGGAGCUAACCUUAGUUCCAAUUUUUUUUUACUAAUAUUUUUAGUGUGACAUAAUUAUCCAGCACCUACAAUGGCUGUUACACAAAAUGAUAAUAACACUGAGAUGGGACACGUGUUUGCAGUGCCUCAUCAUCCAAAGAAUAAAUAUGAAUAAUCUGGUUACCUUUCCAUUAAUAUUCUGAUUAUUCAUGGGCUUGUGGUGUGCAAGCCGGAAUGUGAUGUGUUUUGAUGUAAGUCAGUGUUUGACAAAUCCACCUGCCUUCUAUCCAGGCUAGUGGAAAUUAUCCUCUAUAAUAUUAUAAUACAUACGGCACUAGCCAAAGCUUCUAUGAGGGAUAGUGACUUUCUCAAACAUUUGUCAAACACUGUACAUUAAGUGAUGAUUCAAGAGGGUAAGAUGGCAAAGUUUUGAGGUUUUAGUGGGUGGAGGGUAUGGUUAGUUAUUACACAGAUGAGCUGCCCAUUCUGUCUAAUAACAACUAACCAUGGCUUUUCUUUUUGUUGUUGUUGUUGUCGACCAUUGUUGUGAAAGAGUUAGCAGACCUUGAAAUCCACGAAGGCUACCACAAAAAGCUGUUGCAAAAUUAAUCUGCAAUGGCAUUUUUAUCACUAUCAGGUAUUUACAUUGUUAUUCUUUGUACUAUACUGAUGGACAUCACAAGAUGAUCUGAAUUUCAAUGACUGAGCUAGUGGAUGUUUGUUUUAGUCUUUACAGACUUGAGGAGGCCAUUUACAUUUUAAUCUCAAAAACACAUUUUCUUGGUUAAACCAGAUUUUAAUUUUGGCACCCAAAAUCCUUUGUUUCUUUGCUGUGUAAUAAAUGCAAGUGUACUUCCUUCCAAAAGGUUAAAAUGUUGGAGAUAACUAGAAAACGAAAUGUGUUGUAUAACAAAAGAUCAUUGUUUAUGUUAAAAAAAAUUCAAAUAAAACCACCCAAAUAGUAGUUAAUUUUUCAAAAAUAACUAUUUUUUUUAGAAAUAACAAGCAUUCUGAGAGUACUGCUAAAGUAAUACAUGUCCGCUACUGGGUGCAACACAUUUUCUUAUCUCCUAAGUUCAAAGGUCAUCACUCUGUCACAAAUUGGCCAAUCAUCAUAAAAAUUAAACUUGAUAUGUAACUAUGUAUGAUAAAAUUGUAUACAAAUUUCAGUUUAAUAUUUUCAGGCAUUACUAAUAGGCUCCAUCAUAUGCAGUCAUAUGGGAUAGUGAAAAUUUCGACCCGGGACGAGGUUUGUCGUGUCCCUGGGUCGAAAUUUCCACCACCGGGGGUGUACUUUUUCUGUCCCACAUUACCACAUAUGAUGGAAGUCUCUUUCUCUCAUCCAUUCGAUAAAUAAACUAUUAUUUUACACUGACAAACAAAGAUGGUUGAAAAAGUAACUUCUUUUAUCAUUUUAUCAUAAAUAAACUAUAGUAUAUUUCCCG